AUGGCUAAUUCUAUCGAAAUCUUAGGUGCGGUGAACAAUGUUCUGGGGUUGGGGAGUCGAAUCUAUAUUUUUUUCAGCAAUGUCAAGGACGCACCGGAAGAGGUGCGUCGAAUGUGUGAGCAAUUGCAAUCUCUUCAGAAGUUGCUUCCAGAGAUUGAGCGAGCAGCCUUUGACCUCGUUCAUGCCAUGCCACUGAGCCUGGAAACAAUCCUGACAUGCCUGGAAGGAUGUGAUACGGAUUUCAACACGUUAUGGUUGGCUGUCGAACCGCUCCGUACGGAACCUGGUAUCACUUGGCGUGAUGCCUUGAACAGAAUUACAGCCAGCGUCAAAUGGGUCGUCAAGACUGAAGAGCUUGAAAAGUUUACCAAGAAUCUCGAGACGGCGAAGCAGACCUUGGUUCUCGCCAUGCUUCUUGCUGGAAUGAGAGUUGAUAGAGCCGUUCUUAAUGGACUGUCAUCCAUCGACACUAAGCUUGAGAAAUAUGGGUGUGCGAUUAAUUCUCGUCUUGAUGACGUUCAUAGAGAAAUCGCAUUCCAGCUCAAACAGUCCGAAUACAAGUUCCUGAAAAGGAUAGACAUUCUCUCUGGAGCUGCAGCUGAGAUUCAUGGGCAAAAUAACCUCCGAGUCACCCAGCUUUACGACAGCAUUACCCCAAAUGAACUACUGCAAACUGACCACCUAUCGACUGUGCAGUCAGUUGGCAGCGACGUGACCUUCGCGGUUUCUGCUUCUCGAACACCACAAAUCGGCCUAGUUGAUUUCUCGUUUGAGAACCAACAAGGAGAUGAUGCAGAUCAGGCGAAAAAGAAAGACGACGAAACUUUAGACUCUCUGUUACCGGGGUUCCAAGAUGCCAUACGACGAUGGGAAGUGGUUGCCUACGCAAAUGGGACACAUAAUUCCGGCAAUGCUGCAUUAGGAUCUUCUAAUUCUCCGCUGAGUAACAUAAUUUACCAAUUGAAGGAGGUUGAAGAGACUGUUAAGCAAUACGACCUUGCUGGGGGUAUGUUUGAAAAAUUUGAAAACAACUCCCUCUUGUUUAACAUCUUGGAACUUUCCGCAAUCGCAAACCCCGGAGUGGAACUUGUACUGGAGGUUGCAAGACGAUGGACGGAAUAUUUCGAAUUGAUCAAGGAAGCACUGCACGAGAUGCAAUAUGCUCUUGAGACCUGCACUCGUGAGUACGAGCUAUACCCGGAACCCAAGCUUAAGAUCAUGAUAAUGGAGCUAUAUACUGAAAGCUUUUCGGGAAUGACGACGGUGCUCAAGGUUCUGCGAGGGAGGUGGAAAUUAUGGGUACCAGGGCGGAAUCAUCAUAUUUUGAAAGACACCAUCGCGAAGAUCCGGCGGUCUUCCCAGAAAGUUAUAAAAGAGGUGGAAUAUCUUCAACGAAGAGAACUGAGGCAGGCUCAUCUCCGACUUCGUGGGAUUGACAGGAAGCAAGACCAGGUUAUUCGAGCAUUGGAUGAGCAGAAGAAGAUCUUGAUCUCUAUGCAGGAAGAGCGAAAGGCUUUGAACCUCAUCAAUGAUCAUCAGAAGGUCGUGCAGAUGUUGCAGCAGCUGUUGGCCAAAUUUCCUCUGCCAGUUGCAGUUGGAGCUUCUAUGAGCGAAUAG